AUGGACAACAAUAAACGGGCACUGCCGCAGAUCCCGGAGCCGGUGGCCAGAUCGCCAAUGUUCUCGCGCUCCCGCCCGGGCUCUCCGUCCCGUUCUCCCUCCAGGUCUCAGUACUCUACCCCUUCUACCUCCCCUGUUCGCUCGCCUACUCGCACGCAGAAUCCAUUCGAUAGCCAUGGCGUCAAUUCGCCCACACUGUUCCAUCCUAACGCAAGCCCUACCUCGCCGGUGCGACGAAUGCAGCUCUCUUACGACGACGAUUCGGAUGUUAUCAACGUCGAAAACCUGGCGUCGCCCGUGCCCUCAGCACUACGUCCUUUACCGCAGAGCCCGACCCAUGCAUCUCCGUUCGACGACGAGUUCGAAAACAUCGACAUUGGCUCCUCAACGAACCUCACAGCUGGUAUCGAGCGCGUUCCUUCGAACGGAUCUGAUCAGACUCUGGCCAAUUCAAUGGCCCCGUCCUGGAAAGCAUCCAAAUCUAAAGCAGCCGAUACAAGCUAUGACGAGGACCAGGACGUCAACGAUUUUGACACAGACUACGAUGGCCGCUCAAUUGCCAGCUUCGAGACAUUGUCGGGCGCUAUGGUUCCUCCCUCUGAGCAGCCUCGCCGAAACAAGUCCAUGUCAAGAAAGCAGGUCAAGUUGGUCCGCGGAAACCUUGUCCUCGACUGCCCGGUGCCCACCAAACUGUACUCAUUUCUUCCUCGCCGUGACAGCGAUGAGUAUGUAUAUAUGCGUUACUCUGCUUGCACAGCUGACCCGGAUGUCUUUGCCGAGUCUGGCUUCACCAUUCGCCCGGCAAUCUACAAGCGCGAAACUGAAAUCUGUGUGUGCAUCACAAUGUACAAUGAAGACGAGGUUCUGUUCACCCGCACGCUGCAUGCAGUUUUCAAAAACAUUGCCUAUCUUUGCCAACGCUCCAAGUCCAAGGUGUGGGGGCCCAACGGAUGGAAAAAAGUGGUGGUCACAAUCAUCUCUGAUGGGCGUAGUAAAAUCAGCCCUCGAGUCCUCGACUGUCUUGCGGCCAUGGGCGUUUUCCAGGACGGCGUGGCGAAGAAUUACGUCAAUGGCGAAGAAGUACAAAGUCACAUUUUCGAAUACACUGCCCAAGUAUCGCUCACGCCUGACCUCAAGUUUCAGGGUGCUGAAAAGAACAUUGUGCCUGUGCAAAUGAUUUUCUGUCUCAAGGAGCGCAAUGCCAAGAAGAUCAAUUCCCAUCGUUGGCUAUUCAACGCGCUCUGUCCUCAGUUGAACCCCAACGUCGUCGUCUUGUUAGACGUCGGUACAUGUCCGUCAAAUGCUACCCUGUAUCAUCUGUGGAAAGCAUUCGAUGAAGACUCUAAUGUUGCGGGUGCUUGUGGUGAAAUCAAGUCAAUGGUUGGAAAGUUCGGUAAAUCACUUCUCAACCCCCUUGUGGCUGCACAAAAUUUUGAAUAUAAAAUGUCCAACAUUCUGGACAAGCCCUUUGAGUCGGUUUUUGGUUAUAUCUCUGUUUUGCCCGGUGCACUAUCUGCUUAUCGCUGGCGUGCACUCCAAAAUCAUGAAGAUGGAACGGGUCCGCUCGCCUCAUAUUUCAAAGGUGAGAAACUCGACAGCGUUAACGCAGGAAUUUUUGAAAAGAAUAUGUAUCUCGCCGAGGAUCGUAUUUUAUGUUGGGAGCUUGUUGCAAAGAGAGGCGACAAGUGGGUGCUUAAAUACGUCAAAUCUGCUAAAGGUAUCACGGAUGUUCCCGACAGCAUGCCAGAAUUGAUUUCACAGCGUCGUCGCUGGCUCAACGGCGCUCUGUUUGCUGCAGUUUAUUCAUUGACACACUUUAAACAGAUCUGGGCCACCGACCAUUCUCCGAUUCGCAAAUUCUUUUUACAUGUGGAGUUCCUGUACCAAGCGGCGACCCUCAUCUUUACAUUUUUUUCCAUUGCCAACUACUUUUUGGCAUUCUACUUCCUUGCUGGUUCGGUGUCGGGACACAACUCCGCAGCAAUUGGAGACGGCGUGGGGUUGGCCCUUUUCCUGCUUUUCAAGUACAUCCUUAUUAUUGCCAUCUCAGCCCAGUUUGUCCUUUCUCUCGGCAACCGGCCUCAAGGCUCAAAGACGUUAUUUGUUGGAACCACAGUCAUGCUGAGUUUGACAAUGACUUACACCAUGAUCAUCAGUUUGUAUUUCGUGAUCAAGACGCUAUUAGACCCCGCAGGCGAAUCCACAGGCGUCCUGGUAACUAUCGUGUUUUCACUAGCAGCCACCUAUGGCGUGUACGCUUUCAUGUCACUCCUCUAUUGUGAUCCUUGGCAUAUGAUUACAUCUUCUAUCCAGUACUUUUUGCAACUCCCACUAUACAGUGUUACGCUGCAAAUUUACGCGUUUUGCAAUACCCACGACGUCACUUGGGGUACCAAAGGUGACAACGAGCAGAAGAUGGAUCUUGGUGCUGCAGUAGUCAACAAAAUCAACGGUACUGACGUCGUUGAGGUCGAGAUGCCCUCUGAGCAGGUCGAUAUCGAUACCGGGUACGAGAAUGCGUUGCAUUGCUUGCGUGAAAAGGCUCCAGUCUCCAAGGCUCAGCCUAGCCAAACGACCGUGGACCAAGACUACUUCCGUGAGAUUAGAACUCGUGUCGUCUUGGUUUGGAUGACGGCCAACUUGCUUUUGAUUCUUUUGAUCACCCAGUUCUUUUCGCUCGAUGACCCGGGGAAAAACGUUUACUUGCAAAUUGUACUGUGGUCCACCGCUGCAUUCGCCUUUAUGCGGGCGACUGGAUCGUUUGUAUUCCUCAUGCAAUACGUCGCGCGCAAGAUUUUGAAAGCAAACUAUCAUACUGGCGUCCAAUGGCGGAAGACGAUGAACAAGGUUCAGGGUAAGAUCGAACCAGUUGCUUGA